CAAUUAUGCUUAGUGCGAUUUCAGUCGCUGAGCUGCCGGUAUAAACUGCGAACUUAAAGAAAACUUUCAGUUUGAUUAAUAAUUCCGAGCGGAGUAACCCCUGAACCAGAAAUUUUUAAAUUUCUAUAAUAUUUUAGCCGACUUUUAAAGUGCGACUAAACGCCACUUUUUACAUCAACCUAAUAAAUGAAGAAUGUCACGUUCAGGGUCAAUGAAAAAGGAUAAAUAGCAUCAUAAAUCUUGCAAUAAAAUGGGUCACAAUUUUCUAAUUGAAGUUGCUCCUACACUACUCGUGUUUCUACAAUAUAGUAAUCGAAAAUGUCUGUAACAAGCGUUGUGUUGUUUCACGUGCUUUUAUGCAUAACGUGCAUUCAAGGACGUAUGGGUAUUGGAGGCACCGAACAGGAUUGGGGUUACAUCACGGUCCGUCCGAACGCCCAUAUGUUCUGGUGGUUGUACUACACCACGUAUAAUAACGUUUCUAAUUACACAGACAGACCAUUAAUCAUCUGGCUGCAAGGUGGUCCAGGCAUGGCAUCAAGCGGUUACGGGAAUUUUGUUGAAGUUGGACCUUUGGAUCCUCUGUUUGAAAAGCGACAAGGCUCGUUUGUCGAUGAUUUUAAUGUACUGUUCGUUGAUAAUCCCGUUGGAGUUGGUUAUAGCUUUACUUCAGACAAUGAAACGAAACUAGUGACGAAUGGGGAUGAAAUUGGCGAGGAUUUAUACAACUUUUUCAAGGAGUUUAUAACUAAGGAACAUCCAGAGUUUAAAACCGUUCCAAUGUAUGUUUUUGGAGAAUCUUACGGAGGGAAGAUGGCUACUGAAUUUGUUUAUAAGUUAUCGAAGAAAGAAAAAAGUAGCAAGGGAAAGCUGUGUAAUUUGAAAGGUCUUGCUUUAGGCGAUGCGUACAUAUCCCCACUGGACUAUUUAAACCAUUAUGCUCCUUUAGCUUUAAACUUGGGAUUAGUCGAUAAGCGAGGCUUCACACGAAUUGAUGAAUUGGCCAAACAAAUUCAAGUUUUAAUUAACAAAAAGGAAUUCAAAAAGGCAUCGGAUAUUGAAAAUGUGAUCACUGAUUUGUUAGCUUUUGAAACGUUUGGAUUCGAUUUGAACAAUUUUCUUGCUAAGAUGAAUUCAACAAAAUUGCCUAAGGUUUGGGAUUACAUGAACUUAUUAGAGAAUGUCAUGAACAACAAAGUCAAAGAAGCAUUGAACAUCGAAUUUAAUGUUACUUGGAAGUUUUUUGAAAACGAUUUGUACGAUUCUUUAAAAGGAGACCUAAUUAAAAGCGUUACUCAUAAAGUGGAAGCUCUCUUGAAUAACACUGACGUGAAAAUAAUUGUUUAUAACGGAAUACUUGACUUUCUAGUCAAUACUGCUGGGACGAUAGCAUGGUUGGACAACUUAAACUGGGGAGGCAGGGAAAGAUGGCUCAACACAUCACAAACUCCCUUGGUUGUGGACGAAGUAACGGAAGGGUAUUUUAAAAGGGUUGACAACUUGGUGUUUUAUGCUGUACUGAGGGCAGGACACAGUGUUCCUAUUGACAAUUUGCCUGUCGUAAAUGAAAUCCUACAACUCGAAUUACUGGAUUGACCAGACGUUACUUUAUGUUCCUUCGUAGACAAAGUAAAUACAAUGUUUCCACAAUGCUUAAGAUCGAAGCGCCAAUGAAUAAUCCAGCUGUUCCACCAAUAGAAACUACAAAGUAACUAACUUAGGAAUUUUUGCACAAAGAAAUAUAUUCGCAACCCACCGACUAAGUCCAUUGUUGUUCUUACAACGAUGCGUUUGAAUCUCGACGAUGGUAGUGAUUGUAACUUAAUAGAAAUUUCACCCCGUGAACUUUUCACUCUAGAAUAUAGCAAUAAACUUUUAGUUUUGA